AUGUCACAAACUCCGAAGAAAAAGAUUUCCAAAAUAGGAAGGCCUCCUAAACGUGAAAGCGUAAAUGAUUACUGUAGGAUUUGCAAGUGCAGAUUUAAAUUGGCGAAAUGUGCAUCUUUAAAGAUUUUUGAAAGAAACGAGCGAGAUGGGUUUAGUCUUAUUAUUCUGGGAGAUAUGUGUGCGAAAAGCGGCAUUGACAUUGUAAAAAACAGUGAUUUUUCGGAUAGAGUUUGCGUUAGUUGUGCACGAAAGAUCAGAGAUUGUUGCUCGUUGUAUAACGAAAUUUGUACCUCGAUUAACAAGCCCUGUGUACAAUUCGUUGAAACCGAAGGCGAAGCUAGAUUUAAACGCCAAAUUCCCACUGACUCAGAACAUAGUCCAACCGUAAGGAAGGUUGUUAAGCACGUAUCUGCGAAAAACAACGAAACAGGCGAAAGCUCUGGAGACCAUAAGAAAGUAAAAAAAUUACUGUUUGUGACGGAGGAAACAAGUGUCGACAAACAUAACAUUGCGUGCGAAUCAACUGUCUCGUCGUUACUUAACAUAGACAUCAAUUUGCUAAAUAACACAAUGGAGAAGAAAACAAACGAUGUUAGCGUGAUGAUAAAACAUCCGAAUGGAGAUGUUAUUAUGCGACAUGUGAAAGAUCCGAACGCAAGGUCUAUUGUUCGAAAUAUUGCAUUGUGUAACUGGAAGUCAGCAGCGUUUUCGAUAAUGAAGUGUGAAGGUUUGAUCGAUCAAUUGUUAAACGCACUGAACAAAAAAAUUGCGAAUGAGUUUAAAACUUUUAGCAAGCUUGAUUCCAUCCUAAAAGGUCGUACGCCAGAGGAAUUAGUCGCAUUCUCUAAUAAAUUGCUAUUAGAAGAAGUGAGGGUUCACAUCCCGUUUUGGAAUGCGUGUGUUAAAGGCAGCGUAGGAGUAAGCGUGGAUAAAAAAGCCGAAAAACAAUGUAACGCUAUUGCUUUAGCUACGUCUGUCCUGGCCCGGUGUCGAAAUGCCGAAAUGUCUGCUAUUGCCUACAGGAUUUCCACAAUUUUUUUCAUAGCGGUGUAA